CAAUGGCACAGAGAGAGGUUGCGGAAGUGUUAGCAGAUGCAGCGGAGAUAUCAGGGGAGUAUAAAGACUCUACUCCAAAUGCUGAAGACCAAAAACCCAAGGGGGGCCGGAGUCUCAAGGAUCCAUUUGGAGGAACAAUAGAUGGAUGAUGCAUUGAGUGAAGGAAAGGAAAACUGAUAAAGACUCUGAUUUCUGAGUCAUUCAUCUUCAAAGACUGCAGACAAUUUUCAAUACGAUGCACUUGUGGAGAAGGUAGGAGACUCAGGAAAAUCAACCCAAAUCCUGAUGCAGAAUGCGGUCGGUUGCGGACAAAGACUCAAACAAGGACCUAAAACCCGUUAUUUAAGGUAUAGCGAUUCAGAGACUUCCUUGCUAAGGAGAGUGAAAGCUACCAAUGUCUGAAAAGCAUUUUGGAAAAGCAAUAUCACCUCAGAAUAUGGAAGGAAGGGUAAAGCAGGGCGAUGAAUGUUGGAGAAUAACGUCUGACAUCGAGCAAGGGGAGCAGUUACUUCAGCGUCUGCAACUGGUGCAACAACGGCAAGUGGCGGAUAUCUCCGCUUGCAAGGACGUUGGUGGCGAUGUAGAAGAUGGGGGGAAGUUUCUGGCAGCAAAAGCAAGGGAUCGAACUUGUCCAAAUGACAAAGUAGAUAUGAAGUCUGACAGGACAAGGACGACCCUAAUGGAGAAAGAACGGAAUGACGGGAACGGAAGUAGAGUUGCCCAAGCAAAUAAGCCAACACAUAUGGAGCGCUACAAUAUGACCGUAACAGAGGGGGCUUAUUCUGAUGAUGAUGUCAGUUGGGUGAGUGCAGAUUGGUCUCCAAUUUCCAAGCCAGCUUCUUGUCACCGCCUCUCUGUCACGGAGACCUCCAUGGAAAGAAGAGUCCACCAGGAUGCCGAAGGCAAACACAACCUGCAAAGAGUUGGGGGGGUUCUAAACUUAGCCGAUGAUCCGGACAUAUUGGAGAUCCCCUUUAAUACCAACAUCCUGUUUGAGACAAUUCCAACCAAGGUAUGUCCAGGCCAGGAUGAUGACUGGCAGAUCUCCGAACAGAAGACGCCAAAAGAGACUCCGAAGAUUCAGCAAGAACUUGGAAUGACUGGAUUUGGAGAAAUCUCAACGGAGUAUAUAAAAGGGGGGGCCCAUCAAUUAAAGGAAACCAGACUGCUGUUUGAAUCUUUUCAACAGGAUAACACGCAAGGUCCAACCAGGAUAAGGAAACCGUUUUCUGCGUCAAUGAAAGAUCAGGUUAAUCCCUCGGUGCUGGAGCGCACACGUAGCUUGGAGAUGUUUUCCGUGAAAAGUAACCCCAUUUCCAGAGCACAUUCCGUCAGAAUUUCUAAACCGGAAAUCUCUGAGAAGGACAAAAGUUGGGAAAACCUGCCCUCAAGGAGUCCAACUGGAGGAUCUCGAGAUAGAUCACGUUUAUCUCCAUACCCCAAGCAAGAUAAAAAUGUGCACCUUCAGAAAAGUUCUGAAUCUCUAAGUACCGAUGUAGCUACACCAGCCACCACCACAGAAGACGAGAUAACACGGGAAUCUUCAGUCAUCAAACAAAAUCCUUUCUUCAAGUUGCGUCCAUCGCUGGCUCUGCAACCAGAGGUUGAGAAGGACAUCAUGGAGGCUGAAGCAAGAGAGGACGAGCUUCGCAGACAAAGACACACUUUGUACGGAGACACGCUGAAGAGUACAGAGAAGAGGAACAAGCCGCUAGUCACGUCGGCCGUCAUACCAGGCGCAAAGCAACCAUCCCGAGGUAAACUGGAACGGGUCUGGCCACCCCCAAGCAAGAAAGAGCAGCUUAAAUCUGAACAAACUCAGAAUGCAAGUGUGCACAGGGCGGGAAGUCAGAGGUCUGGUCUCUGGCAACGCUGGGAGUUUGGUCGCAUCAACGGGCAGAUGUCUGAAGAAAAGAACUGAUCCUGACAGAUGAGUCUUCACAGAUAUUUUAAUGUUACCUACAAUACUAAAAUCAGGGAAUGAAAUAUGAAUAAGUAUUAGAAAAGCCUAGUUCCUAUUCUGUAGAUUUGCUUUUACUCUUGUUUAACUUUGGGCUUUUUUUUUUAUUUUUCUGAUUUGACAGUUUAAUACUGUAAUCAAGUGUUAUGGAUGCUAUAAUGCAGUGACGUGCAAUGAGGUUCAUAGCAAAGUAAUUAAUAGAACAAUUCAUUUUCUUUCCAAAUAUGUCCUAUAGUCCCCUGUAAUAUUGUUUUAUAAACAAAUAUUUGUAGUCUUACCUUUUAUGCGCUCUAUAAUUCUUGAGGGAAAAGUUGUGUUACUUUGUUGUAAAAGUCUGAUCACCUUCCGUUGAGCUUAUUAUAUAAUCCACCAUCUUGGCUGUCAAGUUCAUUCAUUCAUUCAUUCAGCAGGACAUGAAAAAUCAUUGCAUUUGACUUGUUGAUUCUAGCCGACCCUGAUGUUUAUGUAUUUCAAUAAAGUAAAAAAAAUGCUGGGGUUUCCUCUCUGUAGAAAGACGGCAGCGACAAGCACUUUCUAACUCAUGCACGCCCCCCUUCACAGGUCUCUGUAUUGUAUUUUUUUAUUAUUCUUUUAUUGUAUUUUUAUUAUAUAUAUUAUUAUAUAUAAUAUAUAUAUUUAUACACACACAUACUUACAUAUUAAAUUUUAUUUUUAGAAUGUGCUGCUGGCCACUAAAAUAUAAAAAUCAGCAGCCUGCCGCAAAUGGCCCCUGGUAGUAUUUUGCUCGUUCAUGCAGUACUCUUUCCAGUCUACAGGGGGCAACAGCGAGGUUUACGUGUCACAAUGAAACAGCAGUAGAAGAAAACGGAUCCCAUUUAUAUAAAUAUCACUCAACUCCAUCAACAACAACAAAAAUAGACACAGGAAAUUUUACUUUGCGAUUGGACUAAAAUAAUGACCAAACCAGCUAAACGGUGUUUUGAAGAAUAACCUGUGGGGGAACUUUCAUACGAAACAUUACAACUUUGAUGCAGUCCAUAUAUCCCCAUUAUCCCUGAUUAUAGUGGCUUGCUAGUUAUGUUAACACAAAGAAAAACAGAACCAUAACAACUAUGUAUUUGUAAUAUCUUUUUUAUAUAAACCUCAGCUCGAAUUCAAUGACUUCCCAAAAAAUAUCAGAAAGUAGGCGGUGAUACAUAAUGUAUUUAAUAGAUCGAUACUGUGUGUAUGACAAUUUUAUGAAUAUUGUACAUCUGCACACUAUAACAUAUCAAUAUGGUGGUUAUGAUUAUUAGAGAUGCCCACCUUGUCAUGUUUAUACAUACAAUACAUACUACAGUAUACGUGUAUACUCCGUAUGUCACGCGCUGUGAGGUUUUAAUAGUGUAAUCCCCCUUGUGAUGUGUAAUGUGUUGCCAUGGAGAGAUAUGUUCCGGGGUUGGGAAGGAAAAGGGGUGACGGACAGGAAGUGACUGAGAAAAAGCGCAUGUUGUUGGACAUAGUUACAGUCCAGCUACAGUUCCCCUUGUAGGAACAAUUGUUCCGCCUAUCUGGUCAGGUGUUUGGCUGAGAGCAGAGUGCUACAAUAUUAUUCACCAAAAGAGGGCAGUAUCAUCUCAAAUAACAACGGAAUUCCACAUUGAGGCAAUUAGAAUGAAAGUAAACCUGUACAGUCUCUAUUGUUUGACAGGCACAAAGGACGAUAAAUCGGCAAAUUGUUUGGGUGGUUAUUAUUUUAGCCACGCUUAUUUGACACUAAGUGAAAAAUGAUAACAUUAAAUGAGAGUAAUUAUUAUUGUUAUAAUGUAAAAAUGUUAUAUAUGUGUUUGUUAUGGCCUGCCAUAUUUCCAUUGUCCCUCAUAAUAGAUAUGGACUUCAAUUUCAUUAAAUGUUUUUGCACAAAAGACAAAUACAUUCCUGUUAAAAACUGGAAUUAAAGCUG